GAGACGCGGAGGAAGGUGGACUGCAAACUGAAGUCUCUGUGAGUGAAUGGCGUGAUGUUCCUUGAAUAUUGUUGUGUGCUGUUAUUUUUGUUGUUGCGGUGACCUGUUUUGUCUCUUGAGGUGGGCGGGGCCAUCAGCUGGCGUGACGCGCGAAGCCCUGAAAGUGAGACUACCUGUCAGCCUCAUCUGAGCGAGGGACAGAGAGACUACCUGCCAGCCAUGGUCCUGAGCGCAACACUAACAAUCCUCCGACGGGUGUACAAGGUGGUAGUGCGGGCGUUGUUCUGGGCGCUGUGGUCGUUCAAGUCGUCCGCCCGCCCGCUGCGUCCAAUCACAGACCCGGUGUUGGUGCAGCCCGCCCACGUGCUCGCGGAGUGGAUACGGAGUGGGAAGGUGACCUCCUACGCCGUCGUGAAGGCCUACAUCGACCGCAUCGGCGUUGUGAACCCCGUCCUCAACGCCGUGGUGGACGAUCGCUUCCGGCAGGCGCUGACGGAGGCGCGGGAGGUGGAUCGCGUCCUCGCCUCUAGCUCGCCGGAGGAGAAGGAGCGCCUCGCCACCUCCAAGCCGUUCUUGGGCGUGCCGUUCACGACGAAGGAGAACGUGCGGGUCAAAGGUCUAAGUCACACGGGCGGAUUAGUCGCAAGGAUCGGAAGGCGAGCGAAAGAAGACGCGGUUGUGGUCACGUUAAUGAAGGAUGCAGGCGCCAUACCCAUGUGCGUGUCGAACGUCCCCGAACUGGGCAUCUGGUGGGAGUCGGCGAAUCAAGUCUACGGCAGGACCUCCAGCGCCCACGACAUCUCCAGGACGCCGGGAGGAUCCUCUGGGGGCGAGGGGGCGCUGCUGGCGAGUUGCGGGUCACCCCUGAGUGUCGGGACGGACGUGGGAGGCUCCAUCAGGAUUCCCGCUUAUUGCUCUGGGGUUUACGGACAUAAACCCACGUCUGGAUGGGUAUCUCUAGAAGGGGCCGGUCUUUAUACCGAGAAGCUGAGGAAGGGCGGAGUACUUGUAGCAGGUCCUCUUGGCCGCUGCGUGAAGGACCUCAUCCUUGCACUCCAAGUCCUGGCGCCACAGGAUGCAACAGGACUCCAAGAUAAGAUAGAGAAAACGGAACUUUCCAAGACCAAAGUGUGGUGGGCGGAGGAACUAGGGUCCCCAUUGUACUCCUCUGUGGAUUUCCGAUUACGUAACCUUCUUCACAGGGUUCUGCAUUUCCUUGAUCAUUCCAACGCUGCUUAUGUCGCCAAGUGGCCCCUCGAUAUGAGCGCAGCGUAUCAGAUCUGGAAUAACAAAAUGGCGGACGAUUACAGCGGGGAACCGAGCCUGGCUUGUGACAUGACGGACAGAAAGGGGGAGAUUAACCUGGCGUGGGAGUGGAUGCUGUGGCUGGUGGGUCGCGGCCGCCAUACCUUCCCCACCCUCUUCCAGGCCGUCCUCCACAAGGCUUACGGGCAGAAGAAGAAGCCUGAAACGUCGCCCUUUUACUGGAAGACCUACCAAGAGAAGUUCAAGGAGGUACUGGGGAAUGACGGCGUGUUGAUCUUGCCUGUCCUGCCCAUCGUCUCCCCGUACCACAACGAGCCGAUUCUCAACCCCUUCGAUUACUGUUACUCCGGGAUGUUCAACGCCAUCGAGUUUCCAAGCACGGCUGUGACGCUUGGCCAGACGAGUGACGGUUGUCCCAUAGGCCUACAGAUUGUAACUACACCAGGGAACGAUCACUUAAGCUUAGCAGUGGCUACGGCUCUCGAGAGAAAGUUUGGUGGUUGGGUCCCCCCUUUUGAAGUACAAUUCCCGUCUUCUUCCAAAAAGGACUCAUAGAAAACGCUCCAGUAUAUUAAAUAUUCUGGAGAGACUUUAUUAAUUUAUAAGAUGAUAAUUUGAUUCAUAGAAAACGCUCCGGAAUAUGAGUUUUGUGGAGUAACUUUAUUAAUCUAUAUGAUGAUGAUUUUUUUGUUUUUCUAUUUGAAUAUAAUUUGUUUUAUAUAUGUUGAGCAAGAACAUAUUUCAUAUAUAUAUAU